AUGUAUCAAUCACGAGCACCGUCUUGCCCUCCGCAACCAGAAGAAAGCAAGGCGACCGUCAAAAACAAGGCGACCAGCAAUGCGGACAAUUCUGGUAUUUACCGUGUCCCUGAACAACGAUUUGGAAUGGGAAAACGACAAGACAGCUUUGCAAGCGAUAUUGCUGGCGGCUCGGAGAAGAAAGAUGCUUUCCGCGAUGCUAUUGCUGACCGAAAAGCCAAAAGCCUAGACAUGGCCCCCCCUGAGAGUCCCUUCGCCCAACAGAGUGACAAAUACCAUAGAAGUCAGGUGAUGGCUUCAAAAGCCUUACAAGAAUGGAAAAAGCGUCAGGCUCCUGGCCCAGUUAAAGCACAAUUAGCUGUGAAUGUUGCCCAGGCAUACAGACAGGAGGCAGAAGAUCGUCAAGAUAUGAAAACCAACUGGCCCGGCUACGAUACCUACACCGGGGCGAAAGGACAUACGGAAAGAAUCGAACUAGUCAAGGACAAAGCAGAUGAAUUCGAGGAGAGGAGUGCAAAUGGAAAAGGUUGGUAG